UUAAAAGACCCAUCGACUUGUCGUCUGGCUGCAUUUGUGUUUUAACCUCUUCCCUCUUGGUAUUCCUGACUAGUCCUGAGGAAUAGUGCAUCCCUAGAGAUUAUUGCCUAACUCAGCAAAUCGAGAACAGUCUUCUUCCUCAGGGAAACACUUUCACCGAGGGUUGUUUUGGUUGCUGCAGAGAAACCCCGUUUCUCUACUGCUUUAUUUUCUACCUCAGCCCUAGUUUUUAUUUUUAAAAAAAAUAAAUAAACGAAAAAAAAUUCUCUCUCUCUCUCUCUCUCGACCGGCUCUUGGCUUUCUUCGUCGACGGUCCAGCUGAUUCCUAAGGAAAUAGGUUACAUACGUUAAACGGCUCGUUGCUCCGCUCUUUCUCAGAGUCCAGUGGAGGUUCGGAUUCACUUUUAUUAACGUCACCAGUCAGGGUGCUCGUCCUGUUUUCGCACCUCGUGCUCAUUUCAAAAGCACGAGUUUUUAUCUCGGUGCAAUAUUGAUUUCUCUUUGAAAAAAUUUUCUGUAAUAUUCCUCAGGACCCACUUUGUUCUUUUUGGUCUCACAGGAUAUCAAGAAGGAAGAUAAUGAAGAUUGCACCCACGUUUCUGGUGAUUUGGGUCCUGACGAUCCUAGCUCUGGUCAGGACGCAAGAGGGUCCGGUCUACCCUGACGGCUCCAUUCGUUUGGUUGGUGGCCGGAACCCUACGGAAGGUAACGUUGAAGUGUUUUAUCGUGGACGAUGGGGCUCGAUUUGUGAUGAUGAAUGGGACAUUCGAGAAGCAUUCGUCGUCUGUAAAAUGCUCGGAUACAAUAGGGCCGUAAGGGCCACAUUCAAUUCUCAAUUUGGAAGAGGAAGGGAUCUGAUUUGGAUGGACAACAUGUUUUGCACUGGGAGAGAGUUCAGAUUGGACAGGUGUAGAUUUGAUGGUUGGGGUGUACAUGAUUGCAAUCACGCUGAGUCUGCUGGAGUAGUAUGCGAUGGACAGAGAGCUAGAGCAAUUUCCCAGGCAUCCUCUCCAGAAGCUUCUCCAAAUGCCAUUCCAGCCGCCCCCGCACCACCUGCACCACCAGCAUCAAAGACCAAAAUCAGGUUGGUGGUGGAAAAAGAUCUGGCCAUUAGACUAGUAGGUGGUAGGACAACAACAGAAGGACGUGUAGAGAUUCGCAUGCCCCAAGGUUGGGGACAAGUAUGUGGAGACGGGUGGAGUAUCAUGGAAGCGAAUGUAGUUUGUAAUCAGCUUGGCUUGGGACAUGCAAGAUCCUCAGUUCAAAGUGGAGAAUAUGGAGGUUCUCACAGCCAAAUGUUCCUAAGCGGAGUGAAAUGCAAAGGAAGCGAACACAACCUUGCAGAUUGUCUUCACGAUCGAGUAGGAAGUGUUUUUUGCCCUGGCGAAGAGAAUAUUGCUGGUGUUGUCUGCUCUGCCACUUUGCCUGACUUAGUGGUGGAUGAAAAAGAAAUCGAGAGAACUUCUUAUAUUGAUAACAUACCUAUGGCAAAUUUACAAUGUGCAUUAGAAGAAAACUGCCUUUCAUCAACAGCGUAUGACAGAACAAGGCCAGGAUGGCAAUUCUUACAGAGAAGAGUGUUACGAUUCACAGCAAGAAUUGGUAACUUUGGUACAACAGACUUCAGACCAUUUUUACCAAAGCAAUCAUGGCAAUGGCAUGCUUGCCAUUUGCACUAUCACAGCAUGGAGGUGUUCGCCCAUUUCGACAUCAUCGACUCUCGCGGAACCAAAGUAGCCGAAGGUCAUAAGGCCAGUUUCUGUUUGGAAGAUAACGAGUGCCACACCAACAUACCCAAGAAAUAUGCUUGUGCCAACUACGGAGAUCAGGGAAUUUCCGUGGGAUGCGUCGAUACGUACCACCACAAUAUUGACUGCCAGUGGGUGGAUAUAACAGACCUUAGACCAGGAACAUAUUACUUCAAAGUUUCAGUGAAUCCAGAAUUGAAAGUUUCUGAGCUCUCUUACGACAACAAUGCUGCAACUUGCAUCGUCCACUUCGAUUACGUUUCUGCCCAGGUCUACAACUGCACGCUUGGAAGACCUUAAUAAAAUACAGCUUCCUUUCAGGACAACGAGAUGAGAAUUUCUCAUCGAACGAUAAAUAUUUUUGUGAUGAGAUGGGACUCAAAAGUGCUGAGUAGUGAUCGAAGCAAUUCUGGAUAUUCAUACUUAACAACCACUUUUUGGAACGUUCUGAACUAAAAAAUCGUUUGCUUAAAGUAGUUGAUGAGUCAACAUCAAGAAUAUGUUCUCUCAACUCAACUAGACCUUAGACUGGAAUAGUAUUUAUGUUAGCCACAAAACCAGUGAUAUCUCAUGUGUCAAAACUUGUGAACAAUUUAUAGUUGUCAAAUAGUUGUUGUACGAGAAAACAGACUCAUUGUUUUGAGUUUUGAUGGUUCUUUUAUUUAUAUAUCCGUGUUACUGUGAAGUAUCGAUUUUGUCGAGACAAAAGUCGAUAUCUCGAUAAUUUAUGAACGAGUUGAUAAUGUGAUUCAAAAGUUUAUGGAUGUUUUUUCCACUACUAGGACAAAGGAAAUGGUGGGAAAAUGUGCUGUUCAAAAAAAAAAUAAUAAUAAAAUGUGAUAUGUUUGAAUCAGAUCGAAAAACUUAAGUGCAGAUCGAUGUGUUCGAAACUUACAAGAAACAAUAGAAAUCGUGACAAUAGUUGAUUUAGAAAAACAAAUGAAUUACGACAGUUAGUCUUUUUUUAUAAUUUACAGUAAAAAGGAAAUUAAUAAUUAAAUUAGAAUUUUUGUAAUUAAAAAUUUAGGAAUGCUAACAAUUUAUAAACUAAAUCGUUAAAUGUAAAAUAUAUAUAUAAUGAAAACAGUAACACACGUAAAAAAUUUUAUCUGGGUAUCAAUAACGAAUCGAAUAGUUUAUCUUGGGUUAAUUAAUUUCCAAAAAAUAAAUGUAAGUUUAAAAAUUUAUCCAAUGGAGAAAAAAAAGACGAUUGCAGAGACUACAAUCAGCAGUUUGUGCUCAUAAUCUCAAUUUUUUUGAAAAUGCAAUUGUUUUGAGAAAAAAAAUAUUUCAAAAUUUUUUGUUUUUAAUCUGUUCUUUACUAUUCGAAAACUAAUAGUUCCGACUGAAUUCAUCCUAGGGACGCUAACUAAAGUGUUCCAUGUAACUUUUAUAAGAAUUUUAAUUAAUGAAGUGUAAGAACUAUUAGAAGAUAUUAAAAUUGUGCUAAAAUG